AUGGACUCGAGAACUAUCGGUAUUCUAGGUGGAGGCCAGUUGGGUCGUAUGAUUGUGGAAGCUGCAAGCAGGCUAAACAUUAAAACCGUGAUUUUGGAUGCUCCUAACUCACCUGCCAAACAAAUCAACGCGCUCUGCGAGCAUGUAGACGGUUCGUUUGCGAACCCUAAGGACAUAGAAAAGAUUGCAGAGAAGUGUGACGUUCUUACUGUUGAGAUCGAACAUGUUGACGUCCCCACUUUGAAGCGUUUGAGAGAAACUCACCCCAAACUUCAAAUCUAUCCCUCUCCUGAAACAAUCGAACUGAUCCAGGACAAGUUCACCCAGAAGGAGCAUUUGAUCAAGAACAACAUCGCUGUGGCCACAAGUGUCGCAAUCCAAUCUCCAUCUGAAGAAACACUUGCUCAAGUUGGAGCCAAAUUUGGCUAUCCCUACAUGCUAAAAGCCAGAACUUUGGCAUACGACGGUCGUGGAAACUUUGUUGUGAAGUCCGCAGAAUCUAUCCCUGAAGCUUUGAAGACUCUUGGUGGUAAGCCUCUAUACGCUGAAAAGUGGGCGCCAUUCACCAAAGAGCUAGCGGUGAUGAUUGUUCGUUCUAUUGAUGGCAAGGUAUUUUCUUACCCCACUGUUGAAACAAUCCAUCAAGAUAACAUUUGCCACGUUUGCUAUGCUCCUGCGAGAGUGCCAGACUCAAUUCAGCUAAAAGCUAAAUUGCUUGCAGAAAAUGCCAUCAAGUCCUUCCCAGGUUGUGGUAUCUUUGGUGUUGAAAUGUUUUAUCUAGAAAACGGAGAAUUACUCAUUAAUGAAAUCGCACCAAGACCACAUAACUCUGGUCAUUACACAAUCGACGCCUGUGUCACUUCUCAGUUCGAGGCUCAUGUUCGUGCUGUUCUUGAUUUACCAUUGCCUAGAAACUUUUGUUCAUUCUCAACUUCCAACACGAAUGCUAUUAUGUUGAACAUCCUUGGAGACAAGAAGGAAAAGGAUGGGGAAUUGAAAACUUGCAUGCGCGCAUUAAGAACACCCGGAUCGUCUGUUUAUCUGUACGGCAAAGAAUCUAGACCUCAAAGAAAGAUGGGUCAUAUUAAUAUCAUUGACUCUUGUAUGAGCGAAUGUGAGCGUAAAUUGCGCUACAUAGUAGGAGAAGAUGCCGAACCUAUUGUCACCAGUGUUGCUGAUAGAGUUGCACAAGAGAUUCCCGGUACUUCAAAGGAGCCACUUGUGGGUAUUAUCAUGGGUUCUGAUUCCGAUCUUCCUGUAAUGAGCGCUGCAUGCAAAAUUUUGGAUGAUUUUGAAGUCCCAUACGAAGUGACUAUUGUGUCUGCACACAGAACGCCUCACAGAAUGAGUAAAUAUGCCAUUGAAGCGUCAAAACGCGGCUUGAAAGCCAUUAUCGCUGGCGCUGGUGGUGCUGCACACUUGCCAGGUAUGGUUGCUGCUAUGACACCCUUACCAGUAAUUGGUGUACCUGUGAAAGGUUCGUGCUUGGAUGGUGUCGAUUCGCUGCACUCCAUUGUGCAAAUGCCAAGAGGGGUUCCAGUUGCCACCGUGGCAAUCAACAACAGUACUAAUGCUGCUCUAUUGGCUAUAAGACUUCUAGGGGCGUAUGAUUCCGUCUACCAUCAGAAAAUGCAAGAAUUUUUGUUGAAGCAAGAGGAGGAAGUUCUGGUUAAAGCUGAUAGACUGGAGACAAUUGGCUACCAAUCAUAUUUGGAAAAAAAAUGA